CAACACUGUCACAUAUAAACUGCAAGGGUGUGUAAUAUUAAUAUUAAUGAAGUAUGAGAUGAUGCGGACAUUAGCACUUAAGUAGAGGUUUAUAAAGUUUCCUUGCAAGCCUAGAAGCACACACCGCCAAUAUUUUGUAAACAAGGACUUAUUGAAUAUCAUGGCAAGACUAAUCAAGCUGCAGCUGUUCAUUGCCCUUCAGGCUUCAGUUAUGGUGGUUUUUAUCUUCCUUGUACAUAACAGAGAUUUACAACUAUAUCAGAAAUCACAAGAAAGGAAUAAAACUGAAUUAAAUCUAAACCAGUCCUCCAUCCUUAUCAUUUCAUCCUGGAGAUCAGGAUCGUCCUUUCUUGGUCAGCUCUUCAAUAUUAACCCAAAUGUAUUCUAUUUAAUGGAACCAGCCUGGCAUGUAUGGAAGAAUUUUCGGCACAGUAGUGCAAAUUCAUUGCAUGUUGAAGUCAGCAAGCUGUUGAGAUCACUCUUCCUAUGUAAUACAUCUGCCUUUGAUCCAUACAUCCAGCCUCAUAGCAGACUAAAUCGGAAUCUGUUUGCCUGGGCCCUCAGCCGUGCACUUUGCUCUCCCCCAGCUUGUGAUGCUUACGAUUAUUCAGAAACGGCCACUGAAGAGGCUUGCUCUGAGGCAUGUGGAAGUUACUCCUUGAGGAAUGUUGAGGAGGUCUGUCAAGCACACACCCAUAUUGUUCUGAAAGAGGUUAGAAUACUCAGCUUAGAGCCACUGUAUAGUCUUCUGAAGGAUCCUGCUCUCAAUCUUAAGAUUAUUCAUUUAGUUCGUGAUCCUAGAGGUGUGUUCAAAUCCCGCAGUAAAGAACGUUCUGCCUUAAAUUUUGACAGCAAUAUCCUCUACAAUAACUUUAAGGAAAAAAGGAAUUUCUUUCGUUACUUUUCUGUAAAGAGGGAUUACGAACUUUUGGAGGAAAUCUGUAAAUCCCAGGUAAAUAUGUAUAAGCAAGCGACUCAGCAAAAUCACAGCUUCAUAAAAGGCCGUUACAAAAUGGUACGCUUUGAAGACUUGACAAAAGAUCCUUUGAAAGUUGCAAGUGACUUGUAUGAGUUUACAAACCUAACUUUAACCCCAAAACUUCAGACUUGGAUCUAUAAUCUCACCCAUGGCACUGGAGAUGGAGGCAAAUAUGGGUCAUUUCAAGUUUCUCCGCGUGAUGCUGUUCAUGUUUCUGAGGCUUGGAAGACAGAACUUUCUAUUUUUACUAUCCAACAAAUUGAACAACAGUGUGCAGAAGCUAUACAAGUUUUUGGUUAUGACUUCUUCAUGUCCAAAGAUAAACAGAGGUCUUGAAAUGUGAAGAACAUAUUUAAAAAAACUGAAAAUGGUACCAUAGAGAAAAAAGCAGCACGGAUCCGUUCACUUUUUAAAUUAAAACUGUUUCCUGAUAUCAGGUUCACAUAAAUAUGUUUCUCAACAUGGAAAUGUUACCAACUCAGUAAGUAUUUAAGUGAUCUAAGAAUUGCUUUUUGUUCCAGUUCUCCCAAAGCCAUGAAACCAUAGCGAACAAUGCAUGAGGUGUAAGAUCACAUCUUGAAGAAGCUGGCAAAUUGCCUUUUCCUACUAUGGGAAAGUGAUGUAGUAUGGGAUUAUGCAGUUAUGCCAGUCCUAAAGGUCACAGAGCUAGACAGAGGAGGUACACAAGGAGACUGCAGCAAUAUCACUGUGAGACUGUUUCACUGUCAAGACACGACUAUAUUAUCCCUGACUGUACUAAUGUUACUGAAAGACUGUACUGCUGUCAGUGUCACUAAAGUACCACUGCAUGCCGCUUUAUAGGCUUUGAGAGUUUGCAAUACAGUUGAUGUUUAUCAAGUCACAUACCGACUGACAUGUGAUCCAUUUACUGAAGGUUGCUGUGGUGCUGCUGUAUCAGUCUGCAUGUCGACCACCAUUUCAGGCUGCACAGGCCAUGCUUAGAUAUAAGCAAUCAUGAAUGAAAAUCAAACACAUGGGACACCAGCAUACACAAGCACAAGCAAGAAGGUAGAUCUCUGGAAACUAACAGAUGCAGAUGAUAUAAGCAAUGAUGCUUACACACAUAUGCAUGCACAAAAACAUACAAUGUAUGUUUUCUACAAUUAUUUAAAAAUAAAAAAAGAAUUUGACAAAUGUGUUAUGCUCUCUUGCUUGUAAAAGAAAAUACAAGAUUUAUUUUUCUCACCGAGAAGAGAGCAAGUUUUCUUGCAUAAAAGGUUUACUAUUUUUUUUAUUUUCCUUUUAAUAAAUUGUGUUAUUUAAAUAGGAGUGACUGACUGUGCAUGCAAUAAUGACAUCCUACACAAAGGCAGAAAGGGACAACAAUGUAGAAACAAAUGGAGAAGUGCUGCACACUUUAAAAUAUGUCCUUAAACUUGAUAACAAGUAAUAGUUGCCCUCACCUACCCAUUUGACUCUGAUCUUAAACAUCCUCCUGUUCCACAGACCUAUACAUUUAGGAUAAUUUGUUUUAACCUGUCCUGCACUUAAAUGGAUUUAUCUAAACUUUGUACCACUGUCUGGAAUUCCAUACUUGAAAUAGUAUUCCAUUUCCUGGCAAUUUAAAAAGAAUUGCCAAAAUCUACUUCAGGCAGGUGUUGUAUGCCACUUCUUCCUUCAGCCUUAUUCUUAAGAUCCCACCACCACACUCUCACUUUCUUAAAGAACAACUAUGGACAUAAACUAAGUAUAUAUGUAUCUUGUUGUGAAGUUACACAAUUAAAACUUGACUACAGCAUAAUAACUACUCAAUUUUAAUUUCAUCUACCCUGAAUGUGUUCAUGAGGUAAGAUUCCUGAUGUGAUUUUGUUUUCCGGAAAUGUACUUUUUGCUCAUAAUACACUGGGAAGGCACAGCUGAUGAGAUAACAAUUCCCUAGUCUCUGCCAUCAAAUCAGUUUGACAAUCCUUAGUAAAUGUGUGAAUGGCUGGUUUGUAGUGAUUCUCACAUUUACUUCCUACAUGUAUAUUACACAAUCUAGAAAACAUUCUAUCAGAAAUAUAAAAAAAUAGUUAAGGGAAAAGUUUCUUUGAAAAGGGUAAUAUUUUUUGAGUUUCACGUCUUACUGUUCUACCUUCUUCCUUCUCCCUUCUCUGAGUCAGCCAGCUUAUGUAUGACUUUAAGAAGAGCAGAAAAUGCAGUGAUUUUACACAAUAAAAAAGUUGAGAAAGUUUUGCCUGGAUAGCUUUAUGACUGCGUACCUUGCUGUGUGUGUUUCUCUUGACAGGACACUCUCAUAUGUGACAGGUAAAUUGAUGUAAGAGCAAAGAGGACAAAUUCCUAAAAUUUUACAAGAUUUCAUUCUGCCUCAACAUGAUAGGCAGUGAGGAAGCUGACAAGUACAGAGGAGAAGCGACAACUCUUAAAAUGUGGAAUUAUCUACAUUGUUAUGUAAGGUUGAACACUCACUCUGGGGAGAAGUAUUGUUGAGUUUAAGGUAUAGAUUUCCUUUAAAUUCCCCUGUGACACCCCUACACUGUCCCAGUAAUGAGGGAGCCUCAAUCCUCACCACUAGCACCAGUGAGGAGCGUGCACAUUGGGAGUAUGACAAGUA